CUUGUCAUUUUACGUCUAAAAAUAUCUUAGUUGAAGGCUAUCUUGUUUCUCUCUUAUCAAAUCAAUUAUAUCCAUAUGACCUCUGCUUGCCAGUGCAUGUCGUCUCACUCUGCAUUUUUGCAAGAAUAUAUAGAGUUGCUGGCUUCAUACUUUAAUUAAUUCCGUCCCCAACUCUAAAUUUCAGUUGCCUUUUUCUUCUUUUUAUAAGCUAGCUUCAAUGGAUUUUCGUUUCCUACGUUGUUUUGCUACAGCCAUCACUCUUGCAUUUGCAGUAAGCCAUGCUGCUCUACCUGUAGAGAUGUAUUGGAGGUCUGUGUUCCCAAACACUCCAAUGCCAGAAGCCUUACGAAAUCUUCUACUACCAGCUGCUGGAGACAAGAAACUUGCUUUGGCAGAUAUUGUCAAGGAUAACAAACGCGAUCUAAUUGAAUAUGGAAAUCCAAGCAAGGAAUUCGAAGAUGGAAACGCCCCAACCAACAAAGAUGCCUUCUUUUUUGAGAGCGAGCUGCAUCCUGGUAGGACGAUGAUUGUAAAGGACCUAACCAAAAAAGCAAGCAAAGCAACAUUCCUACCACGUUCAGUUGCAGAGUCGAUCCCCUUUUCAACCCAAAAGAUUCCGGAAAUCUUGAAGUAUUUUUCACUGGAAGCAAAAUCAGCAGAAGCUAACUUGCUCAAAGAAACAAUUGAGAAUUGUGAAAGACCUGCCAUUGAAGGAGAAGAAAAGUAUUGUGCUACAUCGUUGGAGUCCUUUGUCGAUUUGGGUGUUUCCAAACUGGGAAAAAACAUCCAGCUUCUGUCAAAUGAAUUGAAAAAAGAAACACAAAACCAAAAGUUUACUAUUGGCCAGGGAGUGAAAUUGAUGGGAGAAUCAGAGAUAGUUUGUCACAAGAUGACGUAUGCAUAUGCUGUGUUUUUAUGCCAUUCCAUUCAUAAAACAGCUCUGUAUACGGUUCCAUUAGUUGGGGCAGAUGGCACAAGAGCUAGGGCGUUGGCCGUUUGUCACAAAGAUACUUCAACUUGGAACCCCAAGCACUUGGCAUUUCAGAUUCUCAAAGUUAAGCCAGGAACUGUCCCUAUUUGCCAUUUCCUAUUCAGAGAGACCCUUGUCUGGCUUUCCAACUAAAAUUGCUACAAAAUCAGUUAAAAAAGGCACCUGAUAAAUAUAGAUAUAUAUAUAUAUAUAUAAGUAAUAGAGAGGCUUAACGAGUUAUGGUAAAUAAGUGAACUGUUCAAUUUGGUGCCUCUUGGACUUGUAUGGUGAAGAACUUAAGUAGAUAACCCUGGUUCGACUCCAAGCUACGCCUACCUUCUCAGUUCAUCCUCCAAACUCCCUAUGAGUAAUCGAAAAAAAGAAAAAAGAAAUUGAGACUGUAUUGGUGUAUACAUCCCUGUUAGCAUUCCUUAUGUGUCUAAAUAAAUAUAUAUGUGUGUUAAUGUUUUAAUGAAAUUACUGAUGUUUUAUCUGCUAUCAAUUGUCCUGAGUCAUUGUGCUGAAUGUUAU